AUUUCGUGACAUUACACUCAUUCUGUGCUAGAUUUCCCGAUAGUUCAAAUCAGAGGUAACACAAAUCGAAGAGAUUACGGCAGUAAAAACCCCCCCAAGUAAAUAAGAGCCAGCCACCAGCCAGCCAGCGGACUUCCAAAACUAAAACCCACGCUCAACGCUCAACGUUAGGCCAGAACUAAAGUAAAUUCAAGAAAUUUCAUUGAUUUUGGCACAAGAAAAGUGUGUAUGGUGUGGUGUGCCACUAGGGGAAAAAAAAGAACACAGAACGUACGAACGAAAUUGUUUUUCCUGAAUUUUCCCCCCUUCACCCACCCAAUAAAGUGCGCAAGAGUGAGACGAAACAGGCAACAUCAAUAUCCCUUUAGCGUGGGGCUACACAGAUUUCAUGGCAUAGGAAAUUUUCGUAUGGAUUUUCCCCAAAAGAAGUAAUACCCCAAAAUCGAGUGUAGGUUUUUUUCGCGUGGCCCCAAUCUCCGUAUAGCCUCGUCCCGUGGACAUUGGUGCGGCGGCGACCGAUCUCGAUGUCUCCGCAAUUAGAUAAUGCUUAAGCUACCAAAGGGCCUAAAAAAGAAAAAGAAGAAGUCGAAAAAGGACCAAGAACUCUUCACCGAAGAGGAGCUCGAGCAGUACAAGCGCGAGCUCAAGGCCAAGCAGGAGGCGGCGGCCAACAAAUCGGACGCUGGCGAAUCGGACGGUGGCGCAUCGGACGUCGAGGGUGCCCCGAAUCCGGUGCUGCAACCACAUCCACUGACGACCACCAUCACCACCACCACCACUCAGCAUCAGCAGCAGCAUCAGCAUCAGAGUUCCAGCGGCGGCGGAGGCGACGAGGAAUGGGCCAAGUUUAAGGCGCUUACAUCGGGCGUCGAUACCAUCCUACACAAGACCCAGGACGAGCUCGAUCGCAUCAAGAAGGAGUCCUUCUACCAGCGCCUGCCCUCGGCGGCCGAAAAAAAGAAACAGGAGGAGGAGGAGGCAGCCCGUCUCGAGGCGGAGCGCCAGGAACGGGAACGCCAACGUCUCGCGCUAAUCGAGUCACAGCGCGACAAGCUAGCAGAGGCCGUUGUCGAGCUCUCAGACUCGGAGGACGAUCAGCAGGACGAGGUCGGUGAUAUCUUUGCCACCGACUAUAUCGAGGCCAUCACCAGCGGCGAGCUCCAGCUAGCCGUUGUACCCGAUUCGCCCGUGUUCGAGGCGGACGACGGGCCCGAUCCGUUCGACACCGCCUACGCGGAGAAGGUGAUUGUUGGCGCCGACAAGGCCAAGGGCAACAAGAAGCUCGUCAGUCUCGGCGCCGCCGUCGAGGUACUCUCCGGCCGCGUGGACCGCGAUCACGCCCUAGCCCUAGCCAAUCCCAAGCGCAAGCUACGCAAGGGCAUCCAGAACCUUUUGCUCAGCGAGAGCGUUGAGCUAGCCGAUCCCGAGUCGGAUCUUCUAGCCGCAGCCGCCAACGCCGAGCCGCAGCACAAUCUUUUCGACGAUCUCGUUGACGACGACCUCACCGAAUCGGCCGGUCCCAUCGACUUGAGUGUCUCGCUCCACCUGCAUCUGAUCAAGCCGCAAAGAGUUGACGAGGAGGACGAGGACGCAGAGCUAGCCGAGCUUCAGGGGAGCUUCCUCAAUCCGGAUCUAGCCGAGUUCGACGCCCUCAAGGACGAGGAGGACGACGAGUUUGCCGAACUAGCUGCCGAGUCGCUCACCAAAAAGGAGGACAUCACCAUCGUCAGUCAGGUGGUCCUGCCGCCAGCCACCCUACUCGCCGAAGCCGUUGCCGAGGCCAGCUGGGCCGAGUUCGAGCCGGAGCCAGAGUCCGAGGAGCCACUAUCAGGAAAACCGAAGCGCCCGCCGCCACCGGCCAGGCCUGCCACUGGACCACACAUUGUACCUGGUGCCAUCUACGUCAGUGACGACGAGGACGAGCAGAACCUUGACGACGAUCCGUUCAACACCAACUACGCCGAGCAGGUGAUCAAGAAGACCACCGUACUCGAGGAGGACGACGACUUUGAUCCGCGCGCCGAGGAGGAGACCACUGGAGGAGCAGGAUCCUCAUUGCUAGCGGCGCCGGGACGCGAUCUUUUGGCCGGCAGUGCCACCGAUCUAAGCAAGGUGGUGCCAGCGCCAUUGGCGCCCACCCUAAGCAUCGACCAGGAGCCGGAGGACUUUGAUCCUUUCGACACCUCGGCGGUCAGUGCCAUUGUGCAGCCAAAGGCCACCGAGCUGCGCUUUCUGGAGCGGGAGCUGCUCACCAACGAGACGAGCGCCGGACUCAAGCACUCGCUGAGCGAUCCGGACUUUGAUCCGCGGGCAGGACAGGAAGAGCCGGUGCCGCCGUCGCCAGUGGCCAGUCACAUCGCUCCGGAGUUUGACGCCGCCCGACGCAAGUCCUCGCUGAGCCUGAACAUCCAGGCGAAGAGUGUGGGCUUCCUGGUGCCAGGACCGGACCUGCUCGGUGCCGGUAAUGAGGUCGGGGCCAACAAGAAGCCACUGACGCCGUACUACGCCCCCUCCGCCGCCGCUGGCUCCGCCAACGCCAACCAGUCGAUUGCCGAGGGCAUACCAGAGUCGGAGGAUCCCUUCGACACCUCCUAUGUGCCGGAGGCCAAGCUCAGCGACAUCGAGCUGAAGCACAUCGAGGCCGAUCUGAUCGCCAAGCCCACGGCCACGCUGCGCCACAGCCUCUCCGAUCCGGACUUUGAUCCGCGCGCCCCGCCCACGCCCGUACCCGCCGAGGUGCUGCUCGCCGUCGAGGAGAACAUCGACAUUAAGGUGCUGACACCCGCGCAGGAGCGCAGACAGCUGCCCAACGCCCAGGGAGGCGCCCGCAACGCCCACGGAGGGACGUCCGACGAGGACGACGUCGAUCCAUUUGACACGUCGAUUGCCGCCAAUCUCCAGCCCGGCCAGACGGAGCUGAAGCUGCUCGAGAACGAGCUGCUGCCACAGCGGAGCGCCCAGGAGCUGGCCAUUGACGCGCAGAGCGACGCCCAGGAUCUGGGACUCGGCGACAAGGUGCUGACGCCCUCGCUGCCCUCUCGCCCCCCGCCGCCAGUGCGGCCGCAGGACAUAGAUCCGUUUGACACCUCCAUAGCGGAGAAUCUAGCGCCCGGCGAGACGGAGAUCAAGCUGCUCGAGAGCGAGCUGAUCGAGCGCUAAGCAGCCACAAACCGCAAACAAAACCACAAAGCAGAAACCAC